AAACAAGAAAAGGAGAAGAGAGAGUAGAUGAUGGUUGAUGAAAAACAAGAAAGAGGAGAGAGAAACAUACAGGGGCAGCCGAGCUAAGCAUCAGGCAGAGCCCAACAGCACAGCUUUGCUCCUCGUCGUCCUUCUUCGCCCACGCCCCAAGCAGUGUAGGAGUGAGCAAAUGGGGGAAAACUUGGGGCAGCUCAAGGUGACGGUGGUGCGUGGGAAAAGAUUGGUGAUCCGGGAUUUCAAGAGCAGUGACCCUUAUGUUGUUGUCAAAUUAGGCAGUCAGGUGGCAAAGACCAAGGUCAUAAACAGUUGCCUCAAUCCUGUUUGGAACGAAGAGCUAUGUUUUUCACUCUCCGAACCUGUCGGAGUUCUAAAUUUGGAAGUGUUUGACAAGGACUAUUUCAAGACUGAUGACAGAAUGGGACAUGCCCACUUCAGCCUCCACCCAUUGGUCUCCGCUGCUAGAUUGAGGAAGGUCCUAAAGGUUUCUUCUGGCGAGACGACGCUAAGAAAGGUUGUGCCCGACAGCGAGAACUGCCUUGUUGGAGAAAGCUCCAUUGCCUGUGUUGAUGGUGAGGUCGUACAAGUUGCUUGGUUGAGGCUUUGUGGGGUCGAGUCGGGAGAAAUUCAACUGAAGAUGAAACUGAUAGAAACUCCGGUUGCGGGCACGAGAUAAGGCCUAGACUCCUAACUACUUAGUGGAAGAAGUGAAAUUCAGUCCCCAUGUGUGUGGAUCCUGUAGAAAUCUCUCUAUAGUGUAUAAGGUUGCUUUGAGCUCAUAUGCGUGCGAUGGGGUGGCGAAGUUGGCCUCACCUUCAUAAUGAAGAAACACACAGCCAGGACCUAUCAAAGUCCAUGCGGGCCUGUGGCUUCCACAA